AUCUAGACCAUCCACAAAUAUUUAAAGAAGAAGAAGAAGAUAUACCAUUUUUCUGAUCAGUCAUGGCCAAGAUCAGUAUUUUACAUUGCUCCUUGAUUGUUUUGAUUAUCAUGUCAUCUUUUGCUCCAAAGAUGGUAUCUGCACUGGAGUUGGUAUCUGCGCAGGAAGACAUACAGUGCCAAACUACAAACGUAGGUGGUAGCUUAACAAAAAGAUACACGUUUCAAAACGUACCUGCUUGUGAACGCUACUGUAACCGUUUUUGUGGUAAAAAUGGACUAUAUGGUAAUGAUGAACUAGAUGGUAGAGGUAAAUGCAACGGUAAGUUGUGCCAGUGUUGUGUUCCCGAUCCUUUGUACGAACUUGCUAGAAUUGAUUUGGAUGAUCUAGCGCCAUAGCAAUAUGUAUUCCUCCUAUACAUCCCACCCUACCUAUAAUCCAUUGCAUAAAGUGAUUUGUAUUGUGUUACAGUUCUGAGCCAACCGUCUGAAGCAAACACCUUAGAAAC